AUGGCUCCUGUGGGUCUUCCUCCAGGCUUUAGGUUCCACCCUACUGAUGAGGAGCUCGUCAACUACUACCUCAAGAGGAAGAUCCAUGGCCUCAAGAUAGAGCUCGACAUAAUCCCUGAGGUUGACCUUUACAAAUGUGAACCAUGGGAGUUGGCAGAUAAGUCCUUCCUCCCUAGCAGGGAUCCAGAAUGGUACUUUUUUGGACCAAGAGACAGAAAAUACCCUAAUGGAUUUCGAACAAAUCGUGCUACAAGAGCUGGAUACUGGAAGUCAACAGGAAAAGACAGACGUGUAUCCUCACAAAAUAGAGCCAUCGGCAUGAAGAAAACAUUGGUCUACUAUAGGGGUCGAGCUCCACAAGGUAUAAGGACUGAUUGGGUCAUGCACGAGUAUCGUCUAGAUGACAAGGAAUGCGAGGAUACAAUGGGAAUUCAGGACUCUUACGCACUUUGUCGGGUGUUUAAGAAAAAUGUGGUGUGCACUGAAGUGGAAGAACAAGGCCAAUGCAGCUUAUCAGUCGCAGAAAGCCCUCAGGCAAUCAACAACGAUUACGAGAUUACUUCACCUGAUGUUCCCUUGCUGGGAUCUUCUUCUUGCAUUGAAGAAGAAGACAAGGAUGAUUCAUGGAUGCAGUUCAUUACUGACGACGCUUGGUGCUCUAAUAAUGAAGGUGGCGAUGAACCUUCUCCCUAUGUGACUUUUGCUAAUUGA